AGACGCCGUCCCCCAUACUCGCCAGCGAAGCCAGCCGGCGUCUACGGGCUGGCUGCACGUCUCCUCGGUGCGCUCAGUCAAAUUCGAGAACCAGAGGCAGGAUGGCCUCCCUCCUACUCAGCUUCCUCACUCCGCCCCCGGUCAACCUCUCGCCAGACUACGAGGGCACCGAGUACCGGUGGAAGUUCAUCACCAUCCGCCCCGCAUUCUUCCAGAAUGAGCCGUACUUCAUUGCUGGUAUCCUCCUCUUCAUUGCCCUCUAUUUCUGGGGAAAGCGGGUGAAUCAGAGCAGAGUGAACAAAUGGUUCGACACGCAUACCCCGCUGCUCGAGGCCCAAUUCUCGAUGCCCAUACCUGCAAAUGGUCUUGUGCGUGACGGAAACUCCGACUGGUUCAACUUCUCCACCGGCCGUCGUGCAGUCAAGUCCCUGCACACGACCUUCGCCCUCCGCCCGCGGCACGAUCUCCUCCAAUACAUCUACCAAUUCGGACGGGGGCUCAUGGAGCUCGACUACAAAGCCGCCGACGCCGUCGAGCUCGACUUCACCUUCAACGCGCCCGCGUCCGCGAGUGCGGUCCCGGACUGCGUCUGGGCGGUCAUCGCGAAGGACGAGAUGAAGGGCAUCCGCACGCGCCGCUGGGACUUCACCUUCACCAAGACGACCGACAACCCGACGCUCCCGCCCUCGCUCACGGUGAUGUCCGAGUUCGCGGACAUCACCACGAGCCUGCUCAAGCCCCUCGGUGCGCUCGACCUCCCCGCGGUGCUCUCGGCCCCGGCCACGCUCAAGUACUUCCGCUCCCUCUCGAUCACGGACCAGCCCCGCACGCGGCCCAGCGCGCCCCUCCCCCAGAGCCAGCGCAGCAAGCACCUCAUUCUCGAGCUGACUCUACCACCGCCUUCGGAUGCCGCUGCUACGCUGCCUCUCCUGCAGGCAGCCUUCCAGCUCGUCGACGCAAUCGCGGGCGAAGGGAAGGCGAGCGGCAUGCGCGGAGGCCUCGCGGCACAGCUCCGGCCCGAGACGAAGAACAAGCUGAAGAAGACGCGCGAGGAGGUCGAGAAGCAGAUCAGGGAGGAGGCGAAGCGCGAGCAGCGGGAGGAGGAAGAGGAGAAGCGCGCGACGGCCAAGCGCAAGGCUGAGGAGGAGCGCCUGAGCAGGCUGAGCGCGGCAGACCAGAAGAAGGCUUUGGAUCGCGAGAAAAAGCGCGCGAUGCGCAAGAGUCAGACGAGGAUGAAGGUGCGGUAGCCGCUCGCGCGUUCGCUCUCUGGACAGCAGCAUGUGUAUUGCCCACUGUACGUCGAAAUGUUCCUGGGUAUUAGCAUAAUCUAGUGGU